GUUAUUUCCAAGACAAAUUUGAAACUUUAUCCACUAUUGGAUCUGGAAGUUAUGGUGACGUAUUACAUGUUAAAGAGAAAAAUACCAAUGAUGCUUAUGCUGUUAAAAAGACUAAAUGAUAUAGAUAAACGAGAUGUCUAUUCAGAAGUCGAAUACCUUAAGAAAGUUGACUACAUGUAUGUAGUUAAAUAUUUUGAUUCGUGGAGGGAAAAGGAUGUCGUAUACAUUCAACUCGAGAUGUGUGCACAUAAUCUAACAAAUAUGCUGGGAAUCAAACCACAAUUAUUCAAACGACGAUCAGAAGAGACAUUGAAUUUAUACAAAUACCUCAUUUCGUGUGAAAUAUUUAAAGAAAUUCUCGAAUGUGUGGAGUAUUUGCAUGAAAAACAAUUCAUUCACAGAGACCUCAAACCCGACAAUAUAUUAAUCGCCGACAAUAUACUGAACGGAAGAUUCAUAAAGUUAUGCGAUUUUGGUUUGGUUACCAAACACGAUAAAAUUCAUGAUAUAACCAUGUACAAGCACACUACUGAUAGGGGUACUAUCAAAUAUAUGGCACCUGAAGUUGCGGCCGGUGUAAAAUAUGAUCAUAAAUCUGACAUUUAUAGCGUGGCACUCAUUGCCGGCGAGAUAUUUGGAAUAAACGUGCUCAAUGAAUUAGACAAGUAG